AUGGCAUUGCGUCAGAAGGCUCAUGCGCGCAAGCGGGAGAAGUACUUGGACGUGUGCCUCAUCGAUGCACUACGGGGCCACGGCCACAAAUGCGAGUAUGCAGCGGAUGGGCCCUUUUGGGCCAUGCGAGACGGCAACAGGUUCGUGAACCCACUGGGGAAAAUCAUCCGCCGCACGGACUGGCAGCACAUUGUCCGAUCACGGGACGCGAAGUUUCUGGUGGCGGCUGAUGCACACUUCAUGGCUUUGCGAAAGCAAGAUGGCUGUCUUCAGCUGAACCACACGAAUAGAACGCACAAUUGGGAAGCAGUCCAGGUCGAUGAUAUUGAAAACCCGGUGUCUUACUCAGCUGAACAUGGAUGGUUUCUGAACCCACGCUUAUGCACGGGCUUCUUUGCCAUAGAGGACGCGGCGGUUGGCGGCACUUCUGGCGGAGAUGUGCUGGGUGGGGCGUGGCAAGACUUGCCGAAUCACGUCGAUGUGGUCACAAUACUUGGAGACUUGACAUCACUGGCCCGAUUCGAUCAAACAAGCACAGCGGCUCAUCGUCUGGUCACAGAUUCGGUGACGUGGACAGGAAGCAGCCCUGGACUCAUCAACUCCCAGGCCGUGCGGGGGGACUGGUUCCGCGGUGGCUCUGAGCUGAGUCGAGCACUGCGGUCUUCCCGCUUCCUUACAGUGGAGUGGCCAAGUGCACGUCGCACAAUGCUGCUAGCUGAAACAAGCAUGACGAUAUGGCGCACAGCCGGAUCAGUUCUGGGACCUCUUCGUUUCAACCUCUGCGCAGCAGAUAUGCCAGAAAGAUGCAUCAUCUCUGUAGGCUCCAAUAUGGAGAGAUGCUGGUGCGAACUUGGCAAUUUACAGGGCGAGGUGGUACUGUGUUCCAUGAGCCACAGUCGACGGGACCGGGAAGCAGCGACACGCACAUGUCGCAUGCCUUGGAGGCCCAUGGAAUCUGAUCGACAACUACACGUUCAAUGGGGACAAUGCACUUUCCAGAUCUGCAUGGACGGAUACUUGCUUGGAUGUUUACCGCUGGAACAUGGGCAGUUUACACACGCAGCACAGGUUGCCAUCCACAUCUUUUGUACAAGAGAGUCUAGAUUGGUCACCGUGCCUAUCUUGGGUGUUUGA